UACAAAUUUGUUGGAAGAGACGUCCGCAAAGGUGCGCAGACUGUAAAAUUCAGAGAUACGUGCACCUCCUCUGCCAUCACCGUGAUAUGUCCGGAAAAAGACUCCAACUGUAUAACACAACAGAAGCGCACUAGAGAAUCAGAGAGAAAGUAUCUCUGGGUUGGCCGUCAGAGAAGCAAAGCAAAUACAAGUACCGUAGUACUAUCGAGCAUAGCAACUGUGCGAACGAACGAACGAAUAAAGCUAUUCAAGCUCAGCCAUGAGAAUAGCAAGCUGUAGGUGUUCCAGUGUUCGGUUGCUGAUACUGCUGGUCGUCUCGUCGUUGAGCCAUGUGUCGUCGGCCAGAAAACUGAGAGGUACUCGAGCAAGGGGCCGAGGACUCAACCAAGAUGGCUUACUCUUCACGGAGGGUCGAAAGGGCGGCGACAGAAACGAAUACGAUCACCAAGAAAGCGAAGAAGAUUACUGGGAUGAUGCACAAGUUAGCCGAGAGGGACCAGCUGGACCUGCGUCGCCGGACAACGCUGGUGGAACCAACAAGCAAAAGGGAGAAUCGUUCUACGAUAGACCAGCCAUGAAGUUUAACAAAGAAUCGAAGACGAAAACAGUCGGAACCAAGGCCACUAGCAGAGAAGAGCCCAGUAUGAAGAGUACUGAGGAACCCAGUAUAAAGUAUAAGUCCGCAACCUCGGCACCUGACGACUCGAUGGACAGCGAUGUACCUCGUGAGCGCCCAUCAGAAGACUACGAAGACACGCCAGCGCCAGUUCCAAAAGGGGGCAACAAGGGCUCCAAGCCAGACUAUGAUGAAGAAGAAGAAGAUGAAGAGCCGGAAGAUUAUAAUCCUCCUCCAGAACCCGGGAAGUAUGCAAAGGACACUGAUGAAGAGGACGGCUACGAGGAAGCCUAUGACGAAACUGAUGUGCCGACACAAGUACCAGUGGAGCCUGAUGCCAGGGAAGGAUACUCUGCCAAAGCUGCUGGCAAUGCUGCUGGCAAUGACUUGAACCAGGUGGAGUUCGUACUAAGCCAGUUUGGGCUCGAGUUUGAGCUUGCAGGUUUGACCACUACCAACACACCACAGACAAUGGAUUUUGCCGAAGUAGAAGCUGCCACGAAGGGUUUUCUGGAAGAGUUCCUUGAAUUGACCUACAGUGCAGAUCCCAUGAUCUUCUUUCACAGUGUGGAAAUCGAAGCAACCUCGAGGAGAACCGGUGGAACUUCCAUGACACCAUUCAUCGACUUCGAAGCAAGCGUCGCAUUCGUCAACAACUCUCCCAUGACGCCAACCAAUGAUGAGAUUGGACUCACCAUUUCGGCAGCAUUGGCCGAGCCUAACCUGACUGCCUAUCUCUUAUCUCUUCAGGGACGGCUCAGCGUUUCUAACCCGUUCUUGUCGACCUCAGGAGUUACGGUUUAUGUUCCAGACGCGAGACAACCCCAGCGAAUUUCAGACCGACAAGGAAAGCUGUCAGCGGCAGGAAUAGCUGCUGCGGCGAGUACAGGUCUCCUCACUCUCGUGGUGGGUGGGUUCCUCUUAUUCAAAAUAAAGAAGGAAAAUCAGGAUAUCGUCCGUGGGGGCAAGUACGGCAAGGGCUAUGUUGGCGGCGCAACACUUGCAGGGGAUACGUACGACAACGAAACUUUGGAAGAUCCUCCCUCCGCUACCAUGCCAACUGACGAUGGUCAAUCUUUUGAUACAUCCAUGUACCAUGAUGACCGCAGCAUCUUGUCGUCCGUACCACCAGAGGUUCUGGAGGGGACUGAGAAUGUCGACGAGGAGAGUGAGAAUGUCGACGAAGAGAAGAGUGACACCGACAGUGUCCCGUUUGAUUGUUCGUCACCGAAGCUGGUGAAUGACAAUGUCAGCAAAAACGAAGCAAUGGUAGAUGACGGCGAAGAGAAAAAGGAAGACAAACACGAGGAAUAUGAAGAGACUGUGGAAGAAUUCAACGACGAAGCAUUCGAUGAAGAGGAUCCGAAGGACUCGUCGUCUAGAGCAAGAACUGUAGGAGCUGCGUAUGCUUCUCUUGUUGGCCGAACGAAAGCUUUCGUCCCUUCAUUCAAGCAACCUUCUCCGCUAUCCAACAACGUUGAUAUUAAGAACUACUUCAAAUCGAAGUACAAUUGCAAGUCACCUCAAGGCUACGAGGCUGUCGAUGACUCAACCAGUGGUGGCGCUAUUAGCGACGAUGGAGUCACGCUGAGUGAGGACGUCAGGAUCCAUGAUUCACGAGACCUGGUAAUUCCAGCCUUGGACCAUGAUACAGGAGCCGCAUCAGAAAAGGCUUCCGGCGGCAUCCCAGGUAGCCGUAUUGAGGGCGAUCCUGCUAUUCAACAGUCCCAACCAAGCCAGGUGUUCCGAACCGUGGACAAGAAUGCUACUCACCUAGAGGCUCCUGGUUCAAGGGAGCUACCAACUGAAGUUCAAGGGUAUUCCGACAGAGCAAGAGAUCAAAAGGGGGGUACCGGUACUGGAUCUGUUGGCAAAAGUUUUGAUGACGUAUCCCUCGAUACAAUGACAACCUUGACGGAGAUUUAAUUAAAGCGGAGACUGGGUCAGGCCACCACAGAGCGAGUGACUGUUAUAAUUGGAUUCCCACUCUCCUCUUGCUUCUGGCGUAGUUCCGACUUGCGCUUCGAAAACUAAAUGUAGUCUUUCAUUAACUGCUGGCUAGAUUUUGUACCGACGGCACCCUCGCGAAGCAACAAAGAAACCACCGCCAGAAGUCCAGGCACAACAAAACAGAUUCUAAGGAAGUUUUAAUAAGCUUGAGUUAGUUUUUGGGUUUUGUUCUCAAGCCGUCUCCGGUUGUCUUGUUUUCGAUCGAUUGUGUUCGUUGGUUCUGUUGUGAGGGGGGGGUGGGGUGGGGUCGCUGCGCGUGCUUUGGAAGGUUCUUUCCGGUGGUGGUGGUCGCCCUUCGGCGGGCCCUGCCUUGGGCCGGUCUAGGCGAUACGCCUGGUGAAGAAGAUGGAGUCUAGGAGCUCUUGCGGGGGCCCGGACACGUCUUGUAAUACUUCUUGGGGGGAAAUCGUUCGCGCUUGUCCUCUCUGGACUUUUCCGUGUUCUCUUCCCGCAGCGCUUGUGCCACUUUCAACCUUGCUGCCUCCUUUGUGAUUUCAAACCAACCCUUGCCGUCCUUCUUGAGGAAGCGACGCCCGCUGGAGAUCAUGGCCUGCACAAAGGCUCUGCUCAUCUUCGUCUUCUCCCUCUGCUUCAAGGAAGGAUCAUUGUAGGAAGAUUUGACCUUUUCCAAUUCUUGACGAUAGUCCUUAUUCCCAGGCCAGAAGUUGGAUUUGCCUCCACGGCCGAGCAAGAUAUCGCGCUCGGUUGGCUCCACAUGAUUCUUGUCCUCAUCCGCAGGAUCGGCACGCUUGCUUGUCGUAUUGCCAGCUGGUGCCGGAUUUGUCUUUGUCUUGCUCUUUUUGUUGGGUGUUGGUUCUGGCUGGGGCGAGACCGAACGAGCGGCGAUGCCGUAUUCCGUGGCCCAUCUGGGGACGCCGGCGCUUGCAAUGUCGUUGUUGGCCUUUCUCUUCCGGCUGACCUCGGUGCUUUGAUCCACCGGCACAUCAGUCUUGAAGACGUCGAACGACCCCGUGGAAGCCAUGAGUUGCGAAAGCGUCGUGCCGUUUGAGUCGGUGCUGCGGAAGGCGCGUUGCAAUAGCGCGCCGUUUGAAUCGGUGCCGCGGAAGGCACCAUGCAUCUCUUCAGCAACACCGCUCUCGGCGGCACCCUUGUCGCCCGUUGCCGUUUCAUGGUCAAGAAGGGCACCCGCAUCGUAGAAUACCUCGGCGCUGCUCGGGACGUUGCCACCCGCCUGCUUUGCCUUUGUAGCUGGCUUUGCCUUUGCGGCUGCUCUUUUCUGAACGUUCUCUUUUGUGGCCUGGGCUCUGUCUUCCGCCGGCUUUUCCUCUGCGGCAGCUUUCGCCGCCACGGGUGGAUUUGCCUGAGUCAAUCUGCAGCCGCAUCCAGGACAAAACUUGGCUCCAGUUGGUGCCAUGGUAGAUCCACAAGAACCACAUGCUUUCUGUGUUGUCUUCUUUUCUGGGGCAUCAGCCGCGGGCGCUGCUGUCUUGGGAGCUGCUUUUGUUGGUUUUCCUGCGAGCUGUUCAUCAAACUGCAAAGCAGACAACGGCACCAUGGCCGAUUGCAAAAACGCAUUCCUGCCAUCGGCUGAGUCAACCGAGAGGUACUGGUACUCUUGACACCAGGACGAGGAUCGGCUCAGCAAGUUUGGUUUUUCCGGGCUCCCCCUGUUCUGCAAACUAGCCGUUAUUUGGUUGGCUAGAGACCAAUCAAAGCUCCGGUAGACCUCCUGCAAAAAGUCCAAAUCUGAGCUGCGGAGGAUACUCCCAAUGAUGGGACAAGGGGGUGGCUUCGUUUUCGGCUUGUUCUUGUUCUUCUUGUUGUUCUUCUUGUUGUUCUUCUGUGUCUGUUGUUCUUCUUGAUGGUGUUAUUGGUGUUAUUGUCGGACAGCAUGCCGCCAGCCUUUGCGGCGGCGCAGUCGACCGCAAAGGACGCCAUUGUCUUUUGCAAGACUAUUUGUGGAUUGUGGAUUGCGUCCCGGUUUAGAAAUUGUGAGAGCUACACAAGAGGAAAAAGGUCC